AUGUCGGAGGGAUUUCAUUCGAAUAUCUGUCAAUCUACUGAUGAAAUAAUUAUCAGAGCAGAUGAUAAUAAAACGAGACUUAUAACAGAGAAAAUUUAUUGCCUUCGUAUUCUGAAAAUUCAGGAAAAACAGGAAAAGAAAAUUAUGUUAGUGAAAACCAAGUCACGAUUGGGUCUUCAUUCAAUGAAAUUAGAUUGA